CGCGUCUAUCGUGCUUUUGGAUUUUUGUCGUCUUCUUCUCUCUCUCUCUCAUGUAUGUAGGGAGAGAGACUGAAACCGCUUCUUGAGCUUCUGGUUUUCACACGGAGAACACCUCGUAUUCGCCGUCUCGUUGCUGAGUGUUAAACGACUGAACUCCUCUGAGUAUAGUUGAAACCCUAAUUUCAUCAACAAUUUUCAGGUUUUGUUGCGCAUCUGCAAAACUGGGUUGGGUAGUCUGGGUUGUGACUCAUCAUAUAUAAGUUUCUCCAAGGCUUUUAAAGUCGUUAUGGCUAGUGAAAUUCUCACGGGUCUUCCUAAUGGCAGCACUAAUACACAUCCUGAUCCACAGAGGACUUACCAAGUUGUUGUGGCUGCAACUCGAGAUAUGGGUAUUGGCAAGGAUGGGAAAUUACCCUGGAGAUUGCCUUCUGACCUCAAAUUUUUCAAGGAAGUUACCAUGAAUACAUCUGAUUCUACGAAAAAGAAUGCGAUCAUAAUGGGCAGAAAAACAUGGGAAAGUAUUCCUCUGGAGCAUCGUCCUCUUCCUGGUCGCCUUAAUGUCGUACUGACUCGUUCUGGGAGUUUUGAUAUUGCAACUGCAGAGAAUGUUGUGAUAUGUGGAAGCAUGGUUUCUGCCUUGGAAUUAUUGGCAGCAUCUCCUUAUUUUCUCUCAAUUGAGAAAGUGUUUGUAAUAGGAGGUGGUGAGAUAUUAAGUGGAUCCCUUAAUGCACCUGGAUGCGAUGCUAUCCAUAUCACUGAAAUUGAAGCAAGCAUUGAAUGCGAUACUUUCAUGCCUGCAAUUGAUACCUCUGUAUUUCAGCCAUGGUACUCAUCCUCCCCACUGGUGGAAAAUAAUAUUCGCUAUUCUUUCACCACUUAUGUUCGUGUGAGGGAUUUUCCGGUUGAACCUCUUAGUCAGACCAGUGGUCUGAUGUCUGAAAAUAGUUCAGAUUCUCUCAAGUUUGACGUAAAGAAUUUUUCUUUCCUGCCUAAGAUGAUAUUUGAGAAACAUGACGAGUAUUUGUAUCUGAGGCUGGUUGAAGACAUCAUCUCUGAUGGCAUCUUAAAGGAUGACAGGACAGGGACUGGUACUUUGUCAAAAUUUGGUUGCCAGAAAGUAUUUUGGCGAGGCGUUGUUGAAGAGCUUCUGUGGUUCAUCAGUGGCUCAACUAAUGCUAAGGCCCUGCAGGAAAAGGGGAUUCAUAUAUGGGAUGGCAAUGCAUCCAGAGACUACCUUGACAGUAUUGGUUUGUUGGAUUGGGAAGAAGGUGACUUAGGACCCGUCUAUGGGUUUCAAUGGAGACAUUUUGGUGCUAGCUAUACUGACAUGCAUGCCGACUACACUGGCCAAGGAUUUGAUCAGUUGUUGGAUGUCAUUGGCAAGAUUAAAAAUAAUCCAGAUGACCGGCGGAUUAUUCUGUCAGCUUGGAAUCCUUCUGAUAUCAAACUGAUGGCACUUCCACCUUGUCACAUGUUUGCACAGUUCUAUGUAGCCCAGGGGGAGUUAUAUUGUCAAAUGUAUCAGCGUUCUGCCGAUAUGGGUCUGGGUGUGCCAUUCAACAUUGCAUCUUAUGCACUCUUGACAUGUAUGAUUGCUCAUGUUUGUGGUAAGCAUUUCAUCACAAAACAGGUAACAUUUUAAUGAUUGUGUCCAUUUCUUGUUCGAAUCUUUAGCAAGAGGCCAUGUGUGGCAUCUGACUAAUUUUUGUGUAAAGUCAAAUCCUUGAAUGCUGGGUAAUGAUACAGAUUCUCCAUGGAUCUACUAAAGCAGAAACAUCAUAGUUUUUCUUUUUGUACCACUUUGGCUGAUUUGUUUGAUUAAUGCUAACUACCUUGUGUUUGGCACACCAGUUGAUUUCUGUAGAUUAUUCUGAUUAGUGUCUUUAUUUCCUUGCCAUUAGGAUGUGUUCUCUCAAUUUGUCCAAAUCCCACUGUUAUCUUUUUUACAGAUCUUGUUCCAGGUGAAUUUGUCCAUGUUAUUGGGGAUGCUCAUGUCUAUCGCACUCAUGUCAGACCUCUGCAGGACCAACUCCAGAAACUACCUAAACCUUUUCCAAUUUUGAAGAUCAACCCUCAGAAAAAGGACAUUGAUUCCUUUGUAGCAACUGAUUUUAAGCUCAUUGGUUAUGAUCCUCACCAGAAAAUAGAAAUGAAAAUGGCCGUGUAGAAUUGGUGAUUUUCUUGAAGUUCCGCACUCCCUAUUCAGGCUAUAUCUGCUAUUGUUUUAAAGGCAGAGGUACCAGGGGUGUUGGCCAAGAGUUAUAGACAAAUGAAGAAUGACUGAGUGGGUAUUUUAAAAACUCAUUGCAUCCGUAGGAAUUGAGAAUCCUUUAGUUCCACACAUUGAAUUGAUGGUUCUAAGGUGAUUUAGGACACACAUUUCAUGUUUCGAGGAUUGCGGUUUUUUUUUGUCCGUUCACUUGAAGCUGCUAUCACUUUCUAUCAUGAUGCAUGUACUCUGCUUGGAUACAUGUGGCACUUAUAUGCUUACUAUGUUUCUCCCCCUAAUAUUUCUAGUCCUUCUCCAAAUGUGAAGAUCUGCAGUAUAGCGGACACCAUUUGUGCCAUUGACCUGCUUAGUUGUAGUAAUAUAUGUGUAUAGGAUGCUGCCAAUCUAGCUGCCUUCAAAUUAAAUGGACAAACAUUAUAGCUUCUGAAUGCUGGGCACUACGAUGCUGACAGAGUUGUUCAAUAAUACAAUGGGAAAGGUUGUCGUGUUUUAG